CGCAUUUGACCGAACCUAAAGAUGCUUCCAUAAGCGUAUAUAUACUUCAAGAACUGUUGAAACAACAAUCUGAAUAAUUAGAUAUGGUCUGAGCUCAUUGAAAGCCUAAUUAAAACGGCAUCAACAGUUUACAAUAAAACAGACAUACUCAUAAUAGCAAAAUUAAUAAAUUGAAAUUUUAGUUUUAUUUCACUAAAGAAUCUUGUCUAAAAAAAAAAACAGAAUUAAAUUCGAAUUUCAUUUUUUACGAUCAUAGUAUAUUAUUAAUAUAUUUGUUUUCGUUUAAGCUCGUGUAUCAGUUCGAUUAUUAAAUCGUGAAGAAGCUUUAAGUGUAUGUGUAAUAACAUUUGCUGAUGAUCUAUCAACACCAUAUAUUGCUAUUGGUACAGCAAUUAUAUUUGAAGAUGAAGAUACACCAAAAAUUGGUCGUAUACUACUAUUUCGUUAUAAAAAUGGUCAUUUAAAUAUGAUUACAGAAAAAGAAUUAAAUGGUGCACCACAUGCAAUGUUAGCAUUUCAAGGCAAACUUCUUGUUGCUGUUGGAAGUUCUAUUCGUCUAUAUAAAUUGUCAUCACAAACUCAUGAAUUAACACAAUUAACACAAUAUUUAGGACAUAUUGAUUGUUUACAAGUAAAAAUAAAAGAUGAUUUUGUUUUAUUUAAUGAUUUAAUGAAAUCAAUAACUGUAUUACGUUAUAAUGUUGAUGAUGGAAAAUUUGAAGAAAUUGCUCAUGAUGUUCAUCCACAAUGGUCAACAGCAUGUGAAUUUUUUGAUGAUGAUACAUUUAUUUGUGCUGAAGAUGGAGGAAAUUUAAUAUCGUGUCAUAAAGAUAGUGGUUCAACAAAAGAAAAUGAAAGAAAUAUAUUGAAAGAACUUGGAUUAUGUCAUUUGGGAGAAAAUAUUAAUGUAUUUCGACAUGGUAAAAGAAUUUUUAUUUAUACUAAUAUAGAAAUUCGAAGAAUUGUUUAA